CCUGCGGCCAGCUCCGGCGGGACAGGAGCCGCGAGCCGCUUUGCACACUCCCGGAGCAGGAUGCUGUUCCCAGGCCGGGCUGCACCGAGCGGCUCCGCUCCGCUCUCCUUCGUUCAUCUCGUCUCGUGUCUCCUGGCAGCGUCGGCUGCCGCUGCGGCCGGACCCACAUUUCUGGUGACAGGUCCCCGGAACAUUAGGCCUGGUGCAAAUGUGACAAUUGGGGUAGCUCUGCUGACAGACAGUCCUCCGCAAGUCACAGUGAGAGGUGAAGUGCUCAGAGGGAAUGAUACCGUGCUACAUGGGGAAGUUGUCUUUGAAAAAGGUUCCUUUGGAACUCUUGUUCUUCCAGCACUGCCUUUUAACAGCAGGGCUGGCAGUUAUGAGUUACUGGUGAAAGGCCAUGCCGAGGGCCGGCUGUUAUUCUCUAACAGCACCAGCUUGUUAUUUGAGCACAAGAGUAUCUCUGUCUUCAUCCAGACUGACAAGUCUCUAUAUAAACCAGGCCAAGAAGUGAAGUUUCGGAUUGUCACUGUUGAUCCUGAUCUCAAACCUUUCAAAACUUCUCUAAGCAUAUACAUCCGGGACCCUCGAGGGAAUUUGAUUCAGCAGUGGUUGGCAGAGAAAGGUGAUUUGGGUAUGGUUUCCAGAAGAUUUCAAUUAUCAACAAGCCCUCUACUUGGAGACUGGUCCAUACAAGUACAAGUCAAUGAUCAAACUCAUUAUCAAAGAUUUACUGUGAUGGAAUAUGUGUUACCAAAAUUUGAAGUUACUCUAACAACAUCAUUAUAUUAUCCUUUGAAAGACAAGGACUUUACUGGUAUUGUCACUGCAAAGUAUACUUAUGGAAAGCCAGUGAGAGGAAGUGUAACAGUCACUUGCAUUCCUGUGUCCCAUUGGGGGAGCAAGAGAAAUGUUACUAAAACAUUGGAGAUAAAUGGAUCUGUGAACUUCACUUUUAAUUACGCAGAGUUUGAAAACUUAACUACUGUCCAACAUGCACGGUAUCAGCGUGAUAUAGUUUACAGAGGGCCAACAGAAAUUAUAGCUGUAGUUACAGAAUCACUUACAGGAAUCACUCAGAAUGCAAGCACCACUGUCUUUCCAAAGCAGAAUGACUACAUCAUUGACUUUUCUGACUAUGCUAGAACUCUAAAGCCUUCUCUGAACUUCACAGCUACUCUAAAAGUAACACGUUUUGACAAAAAUCAGCUGACGGCCGAAGAGAGAGAAAAUUUUGUCACAGUCACUGCAGAACAGUCAGACACAGUUCCUCACCAUGCUGUAUUCUCUGUGUACGAAAAUGGAGCUGUGCAGCAGAGAAAUGAGACAGUGCAUAUCCUAAAUUAUACUGUCCCAGAAAAUGGAAUCAUUCACCUUGAGGUCCCGGUUCUGACUAAUACGAUGAGUCUGCUCAUUAAGGCUAGUUUCCUUGAUAGUGAAACUAACAUAGCAGUUCACGGUGUAUUCAACUCCCCCAGCAUGACUUACCUCCAGAUAAAAAAACCAAGACAAGAUGUAAAGGUUGGGAUUCCUUUCGAGCUGAGUGUUGCAAGCAACAAGCUAAUAAAGGAGAUCAGUUAUUUGGUGGUAGCUAAAGAACAGAUAGUGGCUGUAGGCACAGAGGUUUUGACAACGUUCACUUUAAAACCAGAAAAUUCCUGGGCUCCUGUGGCGUGUAUAAGUAUCUUUUAUAUUGAUGAGAAUGGGGAAGUUGUAAAUGAUGCCCUGACUCUGUCUAUUCAGCCUGUUCUUGAAAACAAGAUCAAAAUAUCUUGGAAUAAAGAUAAAGUCAAUCCAUCUGAGAAAGUCUCCCUUAAAAUCAGUGUAACCGAACCCAGAUCUGUAAUUGGACUCUCAGUUGUUGACAAAAGUACAAAGCUCCUGGGAGAAAGUAGUGACAUUACAGAAGACAGUGUGCUUCAUGAACUACAUUUGUACAACACAGCACAAUAUUUUGACUCAAUCAGAAGUCCUCUCAGUGUCUUUCAGAAGUGCAACCUCUGGGUAUUGACUGAUGCAAACCUUCCAGAAGACAAGAAUGAUGUUCUCUAUGAUGGGAUGAUACCCUACAGUGCGGAUUUCGAUGACUAUCUAGAUUCUGCAGCCGGAUUUCCUGCUUUCAGUAGUCCACAUGUAAGGAAACAUUUCCCGGAGACUUGGCUUUGGGUUGACACCAAUACUAGAUCCAGCAGAGACACAACAAUGGAAGUUACUGUACCUGAUACCAUCACUUCUUGGGUAGCCAGUGCUUUUGUAAUAUCUGAAAACCUUGGACUUGGAAUUACAACUGCUCCUGUUGAGUUAGAAGCUUUUCAACCCUUUUUCAUUUCCUUGAACCUUCCUUACUCGGUUACCAGAGGAGAGCAGUUUAUUUUGGAAGUAAAUAUCUUUAAUUAUUUGAAAGAAGCAACCAAGGUUAUGGUGACUCUUGACCUCAGUGACACAUUUGAAAUUCUUAUCACAUCCAAUGAAAUAAAUGCUACAGGAAACCAGCAAUCUGUAUUGGUACCAAGUGAAGAUGCAAAGACUGUUAAUUUCCCAAUCAAACCAAAACAGCUGGGAGAGAUUUCUAUUAAAGUGACAGCAAUAUCACCCACUGCUUCUGAUGCCAUCCUCCAGAAAGUUUUAGUGAAGGCUGAGGGACUGGAACAGUCUUAUUCACAGACACGUCUUUUAGAUUUGACUGGGAAUAACCCACCAACUGUAUCAGAAACUGUGGAUUUCACCUUCCCUCCUGAUGUAGUAAGUGGCAGUGAAAGAGUACAAGUCACUGUUAUUGGUGAUAUUCUUGGGCCUUCUAUCAAUGGCUUGGAAUCACUGAUUAAGAUGCCUUAUGGCUGUGGUGAACAGAACAUGAUAAAUUUUGCUCCUAAUAUUUAUGUUUUGGAAUACCUGACUAACACAAGGCAAUUGAAGGAAGAUAUUAAACUGAAGGCUACAUCAUUUAUGAGAGAAGGCUACCAAAGAGAGCUUCUCUACCAAAGGGAUGAUGGCUCUUUCAGUGCCUUUGGAAACAGUGACUCCUCUGGGAGCACAUGGUUAUCAGCUUUUGUAUUACGAUGUUUCCUGCAAGCUCGUCCAUUCAUAGAUAUUGAUCCAUACGUACUGAAGAAAACAGCUGAUUGGAUUGUCAAAUAUCAGAAACCUAAUGGUGAAUUCUGGGAACCUGGAAGAGUGAUACACAGUGAACUUCAAGGAGGCAGUAGUAGUCCAAUCACUCUCACAGCUUACAUUAUGACAACUCUAUUUGGGUACCAAAAUGAUGAGAAUGCCCUUGCUGUAGCAAAUGCUGUAAACUUCUUGGAAACUAAAUUAGAAGAAGGAAUUUCAGAUAAUUAUACACUGACACUUGUGACAUAUGCAUUGUCAUUGGCAAAGAGAAUAAAAGCAAAAGAAGCCCUGGAUGUACUAAACCAGAGAUCAGAGCAGCAAGGAGACAUUCGAUUCUGGACGUCUCCAGCCCCUCAACUGUCUGACUCAUGGCAGCCACGCUCCGUAGACAUUGAACUUGCAGCUUAUGCUCUGCUCUCUCACUUUCAGCAAGAUAGAUUAUCCGAGGGGAUCCCUAUUAUGAAAUGGUUAAGUCAGCAAAGAAACCAUCUUGGAGGUUAUUCGUCGACUCAGGACACCAUCGUGGCCCUGCAAGCCUUGAGUAUAUUUGCAGCUCUCAUUACUUCCAGAAAAACAGGAAUUGAUCUAACAGUGACUGGACCUAGUCUGGAAACUCCAGUAACGUUUUCAGUUGAUACUCAAAACCGUUUUCUUCUUCAGACCAAAGAGAUUGCACCUAUGCAACCGAUGGCCGUUUCAGUUUCAGCAGAGGGUGUUGGGUUUGCCAUCUUUCAGCUCAACAUUAUUUACAACGUGAAACAUUCAGUCACUGGUAGAAGGCGCAGAUCUAUCCAAAGUCAAGAAGCUUUUGACUUAAAUGUUGUCGUAAAGGAUGACAAAAAUGACAUAAACCAUUUUACCGUAAAUGUAUGUACAAGGUAUUUGGGGUCCGGUGCAUCUUCCAAGAGUGGUAUGGCCCUCAUGGAGGUUGACUUACUUAGUGGCUUCUCUGUAUCACCAGAUUUCAUUUCAUUAGAUGAUCCAGUUAAGAAGGUGGAAAAGGACAAUGGGAAAGUCAACUUAUACUUAGACUCUCUAAAUGAAACACAGGUUUGUGUGGAUAUUCCUGCUGUGAGAGACUUCAAAGUAGCAAAUACUCAAAGCGCCUCUGUGACUAUAGUGGAUUACUAUGAACCCAGGAGAAGAGCAGUGAGAAGCUACAAUUCAGAAGUGAUGCAAGGCUUGACAUCUUGCGUCUUCUGUGAAAAUGACUGCAGUCUUUGCAAAAGAGAUACAGACUCCAAUGAUGGCUCUCCGGGAUUGCACCAGCACUUUUCAGCGAUUUCCCUGUUCUGCUUCUUGUUUGUAAUCCAGGCAGGCUUGCUGCAGAGUUGGAUGGUGUAAGAAGACACGUUUAUGUAGCACUUCUGAGAUUUCCAUAAAUCACCCAAAGAAAGUUUUAUAUUAAUAAGGGCUGAAACAUCACCCAGAGAUAUCAGAGACUAGCCUCCCAUUGUGUUCAGUAGAAGCAGGAUUGGGCCUAUAGGCUAAAUCGCUGGGUCAGAAAAAUUUUGUGUGUUUCUACUGGACAAAUUUAACAACUUCUUAAAUGCUUUUUUCAUGCUAUAGUUACUUACUUUUUCUAAAGAAAUACAGAAUUAGAUUAAGUGAGAAAACAAUUAAGGCUAACUUUCUAUUUUCCAAAGGUUCUUUUUCUCCUUUCAGCAUUAUUUUUGUUUUGCUUACAGUUUAUGGACGGGUGUUAAAAAUUAAGGAAUAAUGUUAGUUUAUGGAAUUAUUCUGAAAAAUUAUCUACCCUUUGAUUUGACUUUCAGUAAGCAUAACUGUGGGUUUGUGUCAGUACCCUGCUCAGUUCUGCUCUGCAUACCUAAGGCUACUUAACAUUAAUACUGAACUCCAUUGUAUACGUUCAUGAUUGGACAACAGGAAAAGUAAAUGGAGCUAUCUUCAAAGCAGUUAUGGGAGCCAGGAAGUGAUGCAUUCACAAGUGGAUGAUAAUAAAAAAAAAAUCAUAUCUUUUUAUCAUUACAAAGAAGUGAGCUUUUGCCAGUUUGUAAGUUACAUAUUUUUUAUAAAUAAGCUGUUCAAAGGUUUCAGAAAUUUUUAAUACUCUUUACAUUGAAAGAUGGCUUUGAUUCUUACAGUGAAAUUUGGCAAGCAGGGUCUCUAUUCCUGGGACUUUAUUUCUGAAUAUCCUAAAAAAAAAUAAUAAUAAUAAACACAACUUCCCUCCUCAUAGUGAAUGAUCUAGCCAUUGAACUCUGGGAAAUGGCAAAGAAAUGUGAUUAAUACACAGGUACCGACUGGCAAAUCUGUGGCUAGCAGCAGGAGUCCAGGAUCAAAGUUGGCUUGACCCAGUUCUGGUGUCCUUGAGCCUUGUAGAAAAGCCACUCUGGAGGACCUCUGUUACAGGAAGCAUUGGUGGACUGAACAGGGGUGCUAGCGGCUGUGUUCCUUAUGAUAACGAUACAGGCGUCCUUAGCCAGCAGCAGCUAUGCAAAGAAACACCCGCUGCUGCACAGUUUUAGGAUCUGAUCCUGAAAACCACAAUUCCGAUUACUGAUUGCAGGAAGGGCUUGUAGGAAUAGAUUAAGUGGAGUGAAUGUGUCUGUGUAUGCUUAUCUUUAAGCAUAUAAACCCAUGCUUCAGUGCUUUACUAGAUUGGGACUCCAGGGAGGGAGGGUAAGAGCUCCUUAUUCCAGAUUAUGGACCUGCAUUUAGGCCUAAACCUGCACUCCAUACUCAGGUAGAAUCCAGUGUGUAGUCUUUGAAAGUUCUGCCAGAGUUGGAGGAUAGGAUCGGGAGCUGUUUCUGCUUUUGCAAUGACCGUGAGCACCUGUUUGUUGGAUAGUUAUGCUCCCAUCCCAUUCUUACCAAAAUUGCCCAUAGUAUUUAAUUUGACUGUGUUUUUUUAAAGCAACCAAAAUAACAGUUACUGUAAAUACAGAGCAACUGUAGUUGUGACAGAAACAGAGACAAGACAAAAUUUUAAAGUUUAAAAAAAUACACUCUUGUGUAUUAAGUCUCUCUGUGUGUAAUUAAUUAACAGAGUCAUUCUGACUUUCUUGAGUAUUGUUUUCAUCCAGCUUUGCUAUUGCUUAAAAAUUUAUAUUUUUGUAAUAUUUUUUAAAGAAAAGGGAUUAGUUCAGAGCCACAUUGUGUAGAGUGAUAUAAGGACUUUCUGCACAGGGUAUUGCCUGCUGAGAGUUUCUUUCUUUUCUUUUUUUAAAAUCAAAAUGUAGCUUAGGUAUAUUCAAAAAUUGCCUAAAGCGUGUGUAUGUGUAUAUCUAUCUAUCUAUAUAGAGAGUUAACUUUUUAAAUAUUUUUCAUAAAUGUCGGGUCUCAUUUUGGGUCUGAUCCCAUGCCCAUUGUAGUCAGUGCCUUCCCAUUGAUUUUGAUAUGUGUUGUAUCCGGCUCACUGAGUAGUUGAAUAGCAUUUUACUCAGAGCUGGAUUGUGUCUCACUUGUCUCUUACCCAUUGAAAUCAAUGAGGCUCCUUCUGAGUACAAUACCAUGCUCCUGGAUAAAGGUCUGGAAUCUGCCCCUCUGUGAGUAGUUCCAUUGUUUUAGUGGGGCCCAAAAUUAAUAGGAAACCAAGACCCCAGUAUAAAUAUUCUUCCUCCUCCUAUGCUUACCAACUCCAGUUUAUCAGUCAGCUCUUUGGUCCCAUGUAUAGAGCACGGGCAGUCACAGAUAGUGUAUGCUGUGGAAGUUAUUUUUUCACUUUGUAUCAGAAGAUACUGACUCGGUGAACUUUGAGAACACUUCUUCUUUCACCUCUGGUUCUGGUGGGCAGCCAUCAGGACUGUUGAUAUAUCACAUUCCUCAGAUUUAUUCUAAAUUUCCAGAACACAGAGGCUACUUUUGGCUUGUACUGUACAUAAAGCUAUCAAGAGGGAAAUUGAUAUGUGGUUAGUAUUAUAAGAAAGAAGCUUGUUUUCCAGUGGCAAUGUACUGGAGAUGAACUACUACUUUCAUCCAUACAAUCUCACUGUAUGCAAUGUAGCUGCAUGGUGAUAGCUGAGGGAAGAUUUUGGACCUAUAUGUUCAAAAUUCUGUAUGUAUCUAAUAUAGAAGGCUUGUAUGUGUUGGAUUAUAUCAUUGUAGGUCAACUGGGCAAUGUUUGCCCUUAGCUGUGAGUACGUCAUAAUGACUAUACAUGGACUGUGGAGUUUGCCCACAGAGGCAGUUCAGCUACUGCCAGGGUUCCCAGCCAGGUCCCCCCUGCUACUACAGGGACUACAGUUUGUCAGACUCUGCCGUAUAAACAUCUGUGAUACACCUUAGAGAGAGAUCUGUCUGAAAGGUACAAUUUUGAAAAACGCCUAAUUACUACUGACUUCCAAUGGGACUUGCUCCUAAGUGACUUAUGAAAAUGGAGCUUAUGCUCCUCAGUCAUUUUUAGACACUUCAAAAUUCUACUCCUGGAGCAUGUUCCAAAACCCAUUGACUUGAAUGGAUUUAAACAGGUCCAAGGACUCUGUAGUUGUAUACGGUGUAACUACAAUACUGUGUAGGAAGAAUAGUCUGUUAAGAAUUUGUAAUAUAUUAAUAGGUUUAAUUUGCAGAAUUCAUAAAAUGAGAGCUAAGUUUGAAAAGGGUUGACUGUAUGAAAGACUAAAAUCACUAAGGUCAUUGAUGGCUACUUUGCUCCCUUUUCUAUCUCAAACUCUGAGGAGAGAGGUCAAGUUCACCCUUAUCAUAUUGUGUUCAAUUUGGCCAUCAUAAUAGUUUAUCCUUUUCUAAUGUGGACUUUACAUUUUCUAUAGAUACCUUCUCCCUUUAUACAGGACACUGUUUAUGUUUUUCUUCUGCCUGUUUUGGAACAUGGUAGAAGAAUAUUAUUAACUACAGCGUUAUGGAAAAGUGCUAUACAAUUUAAAAGAAAACAAUGACCUUCGUAUAAUAAUUUGAAGCUAUGGAAUUUAAUAGAGAAUUAUAUCCUAUUAAAGAAUUUAUAUAGGAUGGUCCAAAAACAUAUGGCAAGGAUUUUACUUGCUAGUCAAUUUAAUUCUGUAGACUUAUAAUUUCUAUAGAAGCCUAUUGUUUUAAUCCAUAUUAAAUUACAUAGCACUUAUCCAUAGCCCUGAUUUCAAGGUUUUCAAGGACGAUAUAUCCCCAGUAAUUUAUGGAUGAGAAUACAACAGCAGUUAUUGUCUACUUGAUCCAUUCUCUUGUUAGUUCCCCCCUGGGUAAAAAAGCUAUUAGGCUCCAUAUGUUUGAUUUCAACAGUAUUUCUUAGAGCAAGUUUAUUCUGAUUUUGUAUGCCAUUUUGCAACAUCAUUGCACUAAUAUUUUAUGCAGUGAAGUCUGAUAGCUUUAGUGUAUCUGACCAUUCCAAAUAUCUUAUUCUUUCUUGCUGUCGCUAUUUGAUUUCUGAUGUGUAAAGUGUUAAUUUUUAACUGUAUUGUAGAGUACUAUAUAUGUAUAACCAGAGAUGCUGAAUGAAGAAUUCUCUUUAGUUUUACAUAAUGCAUUUGUUUUUGUAUUUCUUAGUACUUUCACAAAAUCUUAAUUAACAAUGCUCAGAUCUCAUGUCAGGCAUUUUUUUAUGGAUCAAUUUUUAUUGUGGUUUUUAAUAUUUUAGGUGAGUUUGAUGCUAAUGUAAAUAAGGAAUUAUAAAAGCACUGGCUAAAGAGCAGGAUAGUGUAGGCAGAUGUAAUAUACUUUUCUUCACAGCUUUGCUACUGCACAUCAGUCCUGGUCUAUUGCAUCUCUACUGAUUUAGGUAUUGAGGCCAUAGCCAAUUGUUCCAGAAUUCUUGUUACUUUGAGAUAUGGGAAGAAUCUGCUUUGAUCUAGACUGAGGUCAUGUGCAUAUUUUCACUUCUAAUUAAAUCACAGAUUUCUAAAAAAAUCUUUGCUUUUUUUAACUAUUGUGCAAAGACUGCGGCCAAUUGGUUUUUGAAAUGUAUAAAUUCUUUAUGGUGAAUGUUAUGGGAUUAAAUAUAGACUAGUCUACUUAAGAAUUUUAGAGAUUAAAAUUGCUUUAUUUUUAUUCAGAUACAAAUUGUGAUGCCUAUUGGAAAUUCUAUUAAAGAUUACAUUAAUUUUU